AUGCACGCGUCUACGAUCCUCGUCGCCCUGUCCGCCGUGGCUUCGGCCUCGGCGUCGGCCAUUCGCUACCGUGGCGUUGAGGACCACAAUGUUGUCGUCAAGCGUUCUCCCAUUGACAACGGCGUCGAGGAGCCGGCCGUUCGCCUUCGCGCCGUCGAGGAGCCCGAUGUUGUCAAGCGGACUGCCAUUGAGAAGAGAGCCGACCAGACGGCCGCUUGGGUCACGGUCGACGACGAGGGCCAGCCUGCCGCCACCUACACGCCUUCGAUCACGGUCAUCGAUGGAACCACCUCAGCAGUCGAGCACGGCGCCCCUCACGACAUCACCGCCACCGUCUACACCAUAACCCAAUAUGGAAAGAAGACCACCAGAACUGGCGACCCUCCUAACCCGACCGCCACGGCCAAGAGCGGCGAGGGUGCCUUUGCCCGAUGCCACAACAAGGACGGCGAGAACGCGCCGUUCUGUGACCCCGCGUCCAACAGCACCCUGUUUGUCGGCUCAACCUACUACGUCACCUGGGAUCCCGACUACUUCAAUAAGACCAAGGACAACACCACCUACGAAGUUGCCGUCCGCCUCGACUACCUCAACGAGACGAGCGGCGAGAUGAAGGAGCUCAAGAAGUUCUCCCGCGUCCCCGCCGCCUGGGGUUUCUGGCCCAUGACCGUCGAGUCCAAGUACCUCAAGGGCUCCGGCGACCACAACGUCACCCUGACCCUAUACAGCAACAUCAAGGGCAGCGCCGAAAAGACCAAGUCAACCUCCCUCUGGGUGCAGCUCUCCAAGCAGUCGCUUCCCAAGAACCCGGCAACGCCCACCCCGACCGGCGAGACCCUGACCAUCGCCUUGCCCGUCGCCUUCGGCUCCAUUGUCCUACUUCUCAUCGGUGGCUGCCUGUGGAACCGCAAGACGCGCAAGAUCUCACUCGGCAACAUCAUGAGCCGCAGGCGCGAUGGCUACACCGGCCGUAAGACGCGUCGCAUGUUUGGUGGCCGCAAGGACAACGGCAUCCAGCUCGACACUCGCGCCGCUGGUCUCGCUUCCGAAUACCGCGAUGCUCCUGAGCGACCCCGCCGUGACAGCGAUGCCCUCGGCAGCCUGGCCAACAGCCCUGUCACCCCUUCGUUCCAGCAACAGGGCACCACCGGUGGUCGCAACGUGUUCCGGGACGAGCUUCAGAGACAGGAGCGUGAGCGACGUUAG